GCACUAUCUUACUUUAAAACAGUUAGAAAGAAAGAUAUUAUGAAGAGUAAUGUGUGCAUUACAGAUAUUCUUUUCACUUUUUCAGAUCUGAACGGGGAUCGUAGACUUCUUUCAUGAAGAAGUCUAUAAAAGCUUUCAUUCUACGUCAUUUCUUUCAUGUGAAGGAAGCGUGUAUGGUGGGAGUUUUUAUUUUUUGUGAAAGCGUAUACAGAUUGUAUUCUACUUAAACGGUGUUGAUUUUUUCUUUUCACUUUGUUGGCAUGAUUUUCAUUGAUUAUAAACCUGAAGAAUAAUAACUUGGGAAAGCGUGGGAGUUUCAUUCAGUAGUAUAAUGAAUGAAUAAAUUUUCUAUGAACGCAAAGCAGUUUCAGUUUGUCUUGCUUGUAUGCAUUUAAAUUUUCUUUGCUGCACUAUGCAUCUAACAGUAUUAUUUUAUUGGUUCAAGUGACUGGAUCAAGUGAGAUCACGAUAAUGCCUGAUAACGAAAAGCCAGCUGAAAAUUCCAGUCCUAAUCAGCAGUCGUCAAAAAUUCACGGGAGUUCCUCUCUUGAUAAAUCUAGUGGCAGUUCUGGCCCUUCUACUCCGCAUCAUGAACCUGAUCAUAGUCAUAAUGAUAUUAAUCCGCUAUGUGUGCUGAAAAAGGAUCCUUUAUUAACUUAUGGUGAACUUGUAAUUUUGGGGUACAAUGGAAGUUUACCCCAGGGUGAGAAGGGUCGCCGCAGAAGUAAAUUCCUUUUAUGCCGAAGGCCUGUAUCCAAUGGUGUGAAGAAGUCUCAGCAUUAUUUAGUCAAAACACCACAAUCAUCAAAAGCCAUCUUGGAUAGUAAACAGCACUCAAUUUCAUAUACCUUAUCCCGUAAUCAAGCUGUUAUUGUAGAGUACAUGCCUGAUGAUGAGACAGAUAUGUUUCAGAUUGGCCGAUCCUCUGAAUCCCCUAUAGACUUUGUUGUCAUGGAUACUGUACCUGGUGACAAAACUGGUGAAGGAGGCAAAGUCACACAAAGUACGAUAUCUCGAUUUGCUUGUCGAAUACUUAUACAUAGGAGUCCAAAUUUCACAGCAAGAGUUUUUGCAGCUGGAUUUGAUUCGUCAAGAAAUAUUUUUUUAGGAGAAAAAGCAACCAAAUGGCAACAAAAUGGAGAGAUUGAUGGAUUAACUACUAAUGGAAUUCUUAUCAUGCAUCCUCGAGGUCCAUUUAGUCAAGGAUCUGAACCAGGGAUAUGGAGAGAAGUUUCAGUUGGCGGUGGAGUAUAUGCUUUGAGAGAAAGUCGGUCAGCACCUCAGAAAGGAAUAAAGAUUGAAGAUGAAACAAAUGUUCUGCAGGAUGGCACUUUGAUUGAUCUUUGUGGAGCAACUUUGUUGUAUCGCACAGCAGAAGGUUUAAGCAAAUCUCCUACAAAACAUCUUUUAGAAGAGAAAAUUGAUGAACUGAAUGCUGGUCGACCACAGUGUCCUGUUGGCUUGAAUACAUUAGUAAUACCACGAAAAUCAACAUUAACGUCCAAUGAAAAACAGCCAUAUGUGUACCUCAUUUGUGGCCACGUUCAAGGGUAUCAUGACUGGGGCCAAGACAAGGAUUCAAAUGCUCGUGUGUGCCCAAUGUGUUUAAUGGUUGGCCCCAUAGUAAAACUCACAAUGGGCAUUGAACCAUCAUUUUAUGUUGAUUGUGGGCCACCAACUUUUGCCUUUAACCCAUGUGGCCAUAUGGCCUCUGAGAAGACAGUCAAGUAUUGGGCAUGUGUCCCGAUUCCACAUGGUACUAAUGGCUUCCAUGCUGCUUGUCCAUUCUGUGCUACUCCAUUAAGUGGAAAUCCAGGUUAUGCUAGACUUAUAUUUCAAGAUCAUGUUGAUUGAAGGAGGCCUGUCGAGCAGACUGUUGCAUUUGUUUUCUGUGAUGCUCUCUGCAAUUCCAAGCAAGAGGAACUGAUAUUGUACCUGACUUAGUGGUGACCAUUAUAUCAAUACAAGAUUUCAAGCUAAGUGACUCACAUUCACAUUAGAGGACCACUUAGAGAUGAAUUUUAUUUUGUAUUGAUUAUAUUAAGAUGUACAAUUAUGAAUAUACAUUUUGCUUCAUGCCAGUAACAAUCACUCCCAUUUUGCAAGCUCAUUGCUUUGCUACUGUCAAAAACAGUAUAUAUUUUUAUUUAUACUUUUAUGUAAUCAGAAAUUAACUAUUUGGAACUGUUUUUUAUAAUGAACAAUUCAAAAGUAGAAGUUCAUAGAUAUUUGUAUUAUUAGUUCCUUUAUGUGCUAAGAUUUAUGUGUAUAUAUAGAUGUAAUUUUUAUUCUGAUUGAUCUGUUCUUUUAAAUAGUUUAAAUAUCCUGGCUGUUUCCAUGCAUGAAUCAAAUAAAGGAAGAGUUAGCCUUAGUAUUUUUUUUUUUUAAGUAUGUUGUGUGGCUGGGAAAAUUCAGUUUGUUGAGUUGUAUUGCUUAUUAUAAUUAUUUUAGAUAAAAUAAUUUUCUGAACCGUAAGUCAUGGGUCAGCUGUACAUUCCUCUCCAGAGGUAAAUAAGAGAAGUAGAAUAGUAUCUCUGAAGAAGGAAAAUUCAUCUUUCCUGAAGUAUUAAAUAUUUUAUGUAUACCAGAUAUGCAUUUUGGCCCAGAGGAUUAUUCAUGGAAUAUUAUGUUCUUAAUCUGUUUGUUAGUUUGUUUUGUAGUGUAGAUGUUUCAGCUGGCUGCAGUAAAUUUAUUUUUUUAUUUGUAUUUUUCAUUAAUAUAUAUUUAAAUGUGAUUUCUUGAGUGAUUCUGCUUAAAAAUUAUUAAAAAUUAAUACUAUGUUUGCCAUAAAUUUAAACAAAAAUGG